AUGGACCUCGCACAAGCCCUCCAAACCACCCCCUCCCUCCACCCAAUCCAAUGCAUCGACAUGCACACAACAGGGGAACCCACCCGGAUCAUCUACGCGGGGUACCCGGCCCUCCGGGGCGACACACUCCUCGCGCAGCGGGACGACGCAAAGCAAAACCACGACCACAUUCGGCGACGGCUCAUGGAGGAGCCGCGCGGCCACGACGGGAUGUACGGGGCGAUCCUGCGGCCGGAGACAGAGCUCGUCGCCACCGGCACCGCAGACAUCGGGGUACUCUUCAUCCACAAUGAAGGGUACUCGACGAUGUGCGGGCACGCGACGCUGGCGCUGGGGCGGUUCCUGAUCGACACGCAUGACACGCGCGUAUUCCCGCGGCGCGAGUCGCUCGUCUUCGAUGCGGAGACGCAGACCGUCGCGCUGAACGUCCAUGCGCCGUGCGGGCUGGUCCGGGUUUGCGUGCCGGUGACGGCGGACGGGCGGAAAUCCGACCCCGCGCGGCCGGUCUCGUUUCUGUCGACGCCGGCGUUUGCGGCGCAGCGAGGGCUGGAGGUGCCUGUACCGGCGGAGGUGCGUUGGCCGGAGCUUGGUGGGCGCGAGUCGCUUGUGCUGGAUGUGAGCUACGGCGGGGCGUUCUAUGCGCUGGUGGAUGUGCGCGAACUGGGAUUUGGGAGCUUGAAGGGGGUUGAUCUGGACGCUGUGACACGGUGCGUCCAGCGGCUGAAGCCGUACCUGAUGCGCAGACCGGAGGUCGUUGCCGCCGUGCAGCACCCGGACGACCCGCGGCUGUCGUUCCUGUACUCCGUGAUGAUUGUGGAUGGGGAUGUGGGAUUCCGCCCGGACAAUGUCAGUGGCGCGGAGACGGGGCUUUGCUACUUUGCCGAUAAUCAGAUCGACCGGUCGCCGACGGGGUCGUGUGUGACGGCGCGCAUGGCGCUUGCGCAUGCGAACGGGGUGCGUCCGGUGGGCCAGCGGUGGGCGUACAACUCUCUUGUGUCGAACCAUUUUGGCGCGGGCGCGUUCACGGCGGAGAUCGUCGAGGAGGUGACUAUUAAGGGUGUGCAUGGCGAGCCGAUGCAGGCGGUCGUGGUGCGCGUCGAGGGACAGGCGUUCUAUGCUGGCACAGCGACGUUCAUGGUCGAAGAAGGCGAUGCGACGUCUUUCAGUGGGUUUACACCCUGGAGCGCACAACGUCAAGACUUCAUUCGAAUUGGCCUGGCAAACCUUGACCUGGCUACCCGCCACAGGAAUGCCAUUCGGCCAGCAAAUCGACUGGCAACCGGUGUCACUGGGCUUCACGACCAGCGCCGUUCCCUUGAAGGGAUCGCCAAAGACAUCGGACAUGUCGUACCACACGUUGGAUCCGUCAAGGGUGUAGGCAUAGUUCACCUGCGGGUGAUUGCUGGGCGACGAGUCGUCGACCCGGGUGAUUUUGAGCGAGAUGCCGCCCGACUGCGCAUCACGCCGGAAGGGCUCCGAGUAGCUGGCUCCCGGCUGGAUGGUCUGCUUGGCCCCGACGGAGCCGCCGACAGACCAGAGGUAGACGGGGUAGUUGCAGUUGUUCUUGACGACAGCGUUGCCGACAGCCUGAGCGAGGGGGCUCAGGGCCGCGAGGGAGAGGAGGCUGAGGGUGGAGAAGUGCAUAUUUAA